AUGCUUCCCCAGAAUCCUCGAAGUUUGGCUAUAAUUUUAUUAAAGCGUGGCAGUGCCUAUACUGUGCUUGAACAAUAUGACCUAGCACGUAUUCAUUAUAAACAAGCAUUGAAAAUUCAAUUGACUACAGUACCAUCAUAUCAUCCCAUUAUUGCUGCAACUUAUACAGAUAUUGCAAAAGUGCAUGAACAUAAAGGAUGUCCCACAAGUCCUUGA